UGCAAUGCGGUGCCCGUUGUUCGCCUGAUGCUGAUCGCAGCUUUUAUAGGCUCUUUAAUUUCGAAUUUACCCGUUUUUGGGAAGUGGCGCUCCAUUAGCUAACAUCUCUUUGAUGAGCGUGCCUUCUAGCGCUAUCGGAGUUCAAGGUGCCGCCAACGUAGCAGUGACGGUUGUGCGCGAGCAGACGAAAUCGAACGUGUUUGAUUUCAGAGGGCCGCUGUCACAACCGAUGGGGAACCCCGUCAAGCUUUUCUUCUAUGCUGGAGGCAUAUUCCUGACAUACUUCUACUACGGAGUGUUACAUGAAGAGAUAACCCGGACCAAGUAUGGGCCCAAGAAAGAAAUGUUUGUUCAUGCGCAGUCGCUGCUUUUGUUUUCGUGCGUCAUGAAUGUCCUCUUUGCAAAACUGAUGUUAUCCACUUUCCUUAAGCAAGGAGUCGAUACAACAAGGAGAUCCUACUACAUGAUAUCAUCUUUCACUUACUUAGGUGCCAUGCUUGCAAGCACAAUAUGCUUGCAGUUUGUGAACUACACCACACAGGUGGUAGGAAAAUCCUGCAAACCCAUCCCUGUGAUGGUUCUGGGUGUGCUAAUUGGGGGAAAGCGGUAUGCCCUGUCCAAGUACCUCUCCAUUCUGGUAGUUGUGCUGGGUGUGGCACUGUUCAUCUACAAGGACGGCAAGGCCGCAGCGAAGACAUCCUCCCAAGGCUCUAUGGGAAAAGGAGAGCUGUUGUUGCUUGUUUCCCUGGCGUUAGAUGGCCUGACGGGAGCAGUGCAGGAACGUAUGAAGUCGGAGCACCAGACAAAGUCGGGUCACAUGAUGCUCAUGACCAAUUUGUGGUCAGUUGCUUACCUUGUCAUAGCUCAACUAUUUACAUGGGAGAUCUUGGACUUUGUACAUUUUAUUCAGAAGUACCCAUCACUUCUUACAAACAUUUUGCUCUUUACCAUCACAGGGGCUCUAGGGCAGACUCUGAUCUUCCGAACAGUGAGUGAAUUUGGGCCACUGCCUUGCUCAGUUGUCACGACGACGAGAAAGUUCUUUACAGUUCUUGGGUCUGUGAUAAUAUUUAACAAUCCUCUUGGUCCACGGCAAUGGGUCGGCGUGGUGCUAGUUUUUUCAGGCCUGAUGGCUGACGCCUACUUUAGCAAGACUAGUAAAGCGAAAAAGUAAAUGUUACAAAAUGGCCACAACAUCAGUUGCUCAUCAAGUCAACACCCAAGGUCUUAACCAUUUCAU